GGCAAAGCAAGGUACCUGUUGGAAGAGACUUUUAAACACUGCAGCACCUGUGGCUGAACAGCUCCAGAAGGGAUCAACAGCACAACAGAGCCAGACUUCAUUCUGCAAACACAGGCAAGCCACUGUUAUGGGAAAUACACAGUUCAUUCCAAAAGAUCCUGAAGAUCAAGAUCCUGCUACUAAAGGAACAUAUUCACAGAUUUCCUCUGAACCUCCUGAAAGCCCUAGGAAUGGAUCUGUUAUUAUCCAACCAGUACAGACAGAGAUUUCUGCAAACAGUGACACAGUGGAUGCAAGAGUGAAUGUUGGCCUGGACAAUGCAGCUGUUUCUUCCCAGGAAACAAUGGAGAUAAGCUCCAACUCCGAGGCCAGUGGAAAUAAUCUCAGGAAAGAAGCCAAACCUAUUCCAUCAGCUGCCAAAUCUCGUUUUGCCUUUGCAUUUUCACGGUCUGUACCAGGACGUACUGAAGCGCAGGCGACAAAUUCAUCCCUUGGAUCAGCUCAACUUGAUGUCAGCUCAGAAGCAGCUCAAGCAAACAAAGCAUCAAGUGAAACCAGGGAGCUUUCAGUCGCAGCUGCCACAGAGAAAGCUUCUGAUAAAAACCUAAGUGAAGCAUCACAUACUGAAAUUAAACUCUCUGCACCAGCUAAAGAGGAGGAUGUCCCUUUACCGAAGUCCAAAGAAUUAACUUUUUUGGACAGGCUCUUCAAAUUGGAAAAAGGGAGUCGUAAGAGCAGACAACAGGAGCAAAAUCAACAGGAGGUGACCGUCAGCUGUCCAGGUGUAGGCAUCUCCUCGGAGGAACCUGCAGGAUUAAACAGCACCUCAGAUGAUGAAUCGCAGAGAAAGGAUUUAGUAGAUGAAUGCAACCAAACCACUCUGCAACAGGAUAUAGCAGUUUCCAAUUGCUUGGUCUCUGAGGAUCUUACCGAAGAAGAGAAAAAAACAGACAAUACUAAUACAGCAACUAAGACAGAUAAUAACAUCAUGAGCUUCUUCAAAACACUGGUUUCACCAAGCAAAGCUGAUUCCAAGUGUGACACUGAGGAUAAGGCAAAAAAAGAUGUUCAACAGACAGCAAAUACCAAGCCAACUGAAGAGCCUGUCCCUGUUGUCCCUGUUACAAAACCGGAAACAAGUGUGCCUCCAACUCAGGAAAGUCCAGCAGUGAAGCCAAUUGUGAAACCUCCAGAAGUUCCAGUACCACCACCAGCCCCAACAGUUGUGGUUGUUACCAAUGAAGCUCCCAAGGAGAUAACCAAGGAAAGAUCUUCUUCUACUCCCACACCCCUAAGUAAAUUCUUUUGGAAAAAGACUCCCACAGAUGACAUAGAGGUGAUAAACACUGAGAGAAUUGAAGCAUCUCCAGAAGUCCCAGUGAAAGAUGAAAGAAGGAGCCAGGAAGUUGCAGAAACCAAGUCCAAAGGAGAAGAGAGACCUACCAAAACAAAUUUGAGAAAAUUCUUUAAACUGUCAGUCAGGAGUGACACGGGGGUAACUCCUCCUGAAAUAAAUGGGCCAGCAUCUGAUCACCAAACCCUGGACUUCACGGACAGACCUUUGACCCAGGCUGAGAAUCGAGACUCUGCAAGCAAAGGGAGCCGCAAGAAUUCAACAGACAACCUGAACAAGUCACAAGAGAUCCCCCAGAAAACCAAGGAUCCACAAGAGUCAAGACAAGAAGAAGCAGCUGAGAUAGACUCCCUUCAGAAUGGAGAGGAUGCAGCACAACAAAGUCCUCUCAAGCGAAUGGAGAAGCGACAAACCUUUGGAGGGUUUUUCAAAGGCCUUAGUCCCAAACGGAUGUCAGAUGCUGGGGUACAAACAGAUCCGGUGUCUAUUGUGUCUAUCGUGAAACCUAAAUAAUUAACAACUGGAAGUCUCUGAAGAAUCACUGAAUCACCUUUACUUUUCUUCCUUUCAGGACAAAAAGAAAAAAAGAAAUGAUUGGUAUUGUUUAUUUCCCCCAUCCCUCCUUCCCUUCUUUUCAUGGCAGACUAAGCAAACUAAUUUGCUGAUAUACAAAUCCAAGGUUAUUCCAAGUAAGAUGUUUUGUGGACUGUCUGUUUCCACUAUCAUUCACCCACAUUUUCUCCCGCUGCCUUGCCCACUCUCACUGUAGUUCAGUCUGUUGAAUCACCACGUAUAUCUUCUCUCCUGCUGCCAUGAUGCCUUCUAUGGGAUGACCAUAAGGUAGAUUUAUCUACUCCAUUGGUCAUUGGCUCCAUUGGUGUUCUCAUUGGUCAUGCACUCAAAAAGCCUGCCAUCUGAUUGGUUUAGCUGCCUGGCAUUCCUUUUUCUAACACAUAGCAAUAAAAUGGACUGUUAGGAGCUGCAGCUAAGAUCCAAAUUAAACACUAUCAAACUUUCUUGUUGCCCUGAAUGCACCCACUGGGCUAAUAUAUGCUUUGAGAGACUACCUAUUGCAGAACAUAUUCUCUUAAAAGUUUAAAAAUAAUAAUAAAAAAAGCUUACAGAGGCACUAAGAUUUAAAGGGAAUUCAGCAUCCAGGAUAUCUGAUAUAGAUUCAUCAAAACCCAAAAGCAGAUAGACAUUACCAGUAUAAGGGAAUGGAUUAAGAUUUGUUUCCUUCUUUUUUCUGA